AAAAGAGAUGAAGUUUCUGGAGCAGUCAGGUUGUCUGAAAGGCUCCCUGAGUGCGGAAGAACAGCUGUCACUCAUCAGUGGUUGUUUGAAUAUCCAAGCAGCAGUAGAGGGUGCCAUGCACAUUCAGGAAUGCGUGCCAGAAAACCUGGAGCUGAAGAAGAAGAUUUUUGCUCAGUUAGAUCAAAUCAUUGAUGAUAAAGUUGUCUUGAGCAGCUCCACCUCUUGCCUCCUGCCUUCCAAGUUGUUUGCUGGCCUGGCGCACGUGAAGCAGUGCAUUGUGGCCCAUCCCGUAAAUCCACCAUAUUAUGUGCCAUUGGUUGAGCUGGUCCCACACCCGGAGACAGCCCCUUCGACAGUGGACAGAACCUACGCCCUGAUGCAGAAGAUUGGACAGUCCCCAGUGAGAGUCAUGAAGGAGAUCGAUGGCUUUGCCCUGAAUCGCCUCCAGUAUGCCAUCAUCAGUGAGGCCUGGCGGCUUGUGGAGGAAGGAAUAGUUUCUCCGAGUGACCUUGACCUUGUCAUGUCAGAUGGCCUGGGCAUGCGGUAUGCGUUCAUUGGACCCCUAGAAACUAUGCAUCUCAAUGCAGAAGGUAUGUUAAGCUACUGUAACAGAUACAGUGAAGGCAUGCAACGUGUCCUAAAGACGUUUGGACCCAUUCCAGACUUUUCCGGGACCACAGUUGAAAAAGUUAAUCAGGCCAUGUGUGUGAAAGUUCCCAAUGAUCCAGAACACUUAGCUGCCAGAAGGCAGUGGAGGGACGAAUGUCUUCUGAGACUUGCCAAAUUGAAAAGGCAGAUGCAGUCCCAGUAGCUACUGCCCUUCUUCACUGGGAGUCCUUGUUGGCGGAAUUGUAAGCCCUUCUUCACCGGGAGUCCUUGUUGGUGGAAUUGCAAGCACUUAAUCCAGCUGCUCUGAAACAGUGGGAAGCCAGGUGGUCUUCAUGCAGAUUCAGAGUUGGGCUGAGGGAUCUUCUGAUCAUGCCUUGGCCUUGGGUGUCACAGCUGCACUGGGUUCCCAGGGCUGUUGACUCCCUGCCAGCUGGGCAAGCAAGAGAGCAAAUCGUCUGAAGAUUUUAACUUUUAUUUUUAGUGUGAUUCUGUACGGCUACAUUUUCUAGUCAAUGAUUGUGGUUUCAAGUUUAUUUUAAUCUGUAGCAAGGUAUUUUUGUAAUUAUUUUCUAAUCUGCUUCUGAAUACCCUGUGGCCCUGCAUUGAUGAGGCACCUACCUUCAUUUUGUUAAUGCCUAUUCUGAAUAAAAAUUUUUGAUUGCAUAAA